AUGGACCAGCCGGACGGAUACCUGGAUGCAACACAGCCGGACUAUGUGUGCAAGCUAAAGAGAUCACUCUACGGCUUGAAGCAAUCGCCUCGCAUGUGGAACCAAACAAUCGAUGGGUUCAUGAUCAAGAUGGGAUUCAAGAAGUGCGAAUCGGACCACUGCAUCUACAUCAAGCGAGACGACCAAGACAUGAUUCUCGUGGUGCUCUACGUCGAUGAUCUCAUCCUGGCCAGCAGCAACAACGAACUCCUCAAGUCAACCAAGAUGGCGCUGAGCAAACGCUUCGAAAUGACGGAUCUCGGUGAGCUCGAUUACUUUCUCGGCAUGGAGAUCAAGAACGACCGUAAGACGGGAAUGGUGACUGUACAACAAACCAAGUUUCUCAAGUCCGUGUUAACCAAGUUCGGAAUGGAUAACAGCAAGCCAGUGAAGACGCCUCAAGAUCCCGGCCUGAAGCUAACCAAGAACAUGUGUGAACAAGAAUGCAAGCACGAAGACACCAUGUGCAACGUGCCAUAUCGAAGUGCUGUCGGAGGCAUCAUGUAUCUCAUGGUCGCCACACGUCCGGAUCUAGCUGCUGCAGUGGGAUCAUUAUCCCAGUUCUCGUCCGACCCAUGCCCGACUCACUGGCAAGCUUUGAAGCGUGUGCUGAGAUACCUGCAUGAAACGCCCAAUCAUGGUCUUGAGUUUACACGUGAAGAAGGAAGCCGUAUCUGCGGGUACACCGACGCAGACUGGGCCGGCGACAUUGAGUCAAGACGAAGUACAAGCGGCUAUGUGUUCAUGAUGAGCGGAGGAUGCAUCAGCUGGAAAAGCCAGAAACAACGGACGGUCGCGCUAUCUUCAACAGAAGCAGAAUACAUGGCGCUUUCCGAAGCAACCAAAGAAGCAGUAUGGCUCAAAGUGCUUUUGGGGAACUUGGUGAGAUGA